UAUAGAAACAAGAAUGACUCUUGGAUUGUUUGUAGAUAGAUCCGAAAAUGAAAGUAGCAAAUACACGUGGAACGAUAAAGAAAUUCGAAGUUUCAAGGAUAUAAUUAUCAAAGAGAAAAUAAAUUGCCGUAUGGACGACAUGUUCCUCUUGAGCUUCCUGAGAGCUAGGAAAUUUGAUAGAGAAAGAGCUGUUAAAUUAUUAAGAAAUUACUAUUCAUCAAGAGAAAGAAAUCCGAGUAUGUUUACAGAUUUUAAUCCUUUGGCUGUAAAAGAAUAUUUGGAUAUGAAAAUGAUUGGAUAUCUUCAGCAGACUGAUCAGGAAGGAAGAGUUAUAGGAAUUGCAAAAUGCCCUAAUUGGGAUCCUUGUAAAGUUCAUUUUAAAACAAUAAUAAAGUGCAAGUUAAUGUUUCAUGAUAUCCUAUUGAACGAGCACGUAAUGCAAGUCAAUGGUUUUGUUAUGAUCUUGGAUGCUGAAACUUUAUCCUGGAGGCAUAUAAUACAGAUGACACCAAGCACUGUUCACACUGUUGCUUCUCUAAUCUUUGGUUGCAGUCAGGUUAGAUACAAGGCAAUCCACGUGGUCAAUAUCGGAACAUUUGUACAAGCUUUCUUCACAGCAUUUCUGCCAUUUUUACCAUAUAAAAUUAAGAAAAGAAUCCACUUUCAUAGUUCUGGAAUGGAAUCACUGCACAAAUUCAUAGAUCCUAAGUAUUUACCUGCCGACUACGGUGGUGAAUUACCACCAUUCGAUCCUACCGAAUGCAAUGAAAAACUACUAGAAUUUCAAGAGUUCUUUGAAGAACAAGAAAAAUAUUGGAGUGAUAGUAGCAGCUGUAACUUAUCUUGAAAUAAGAAGAACAAUUCAUAUGAACUAAAAAUAUAUUUCAGAAUUGUAUAGUCGGUUAUAAAUAUAUUUAAAUUACAAUGAAGUAAAUUAUAU